AUGCGCAAGAUGAAGUCCCUCCAUUUCACUAAAACUACAAUAAUUCUAAGCUUAUUUACAUCAUUAUGUGCGACUGUGGCCGUGAACGAUGGCUAUAAGAUGUAUAAAUGUCAUGGUGUAGAUUUUUACUCAGAGAGUGUUUUUGCUUCAGCUGCAAGAGCACACAGCCUGAAUCUUGGACAAGUAAACAAUUACCCACAGGAAAUUGUCUUUACCAACAUUGGCGGCAUUCCUCCAUAUAGAAUAUUUCCUAUGGUACCUGAUGUCGCAGUUUACGACGGUGGUCCUGUGUCUUAUUUUUUUAUAAUUGUGGACAGAGAUGGCAAUCAGAAAAGUGUUGUAUACUUAACUGAAUUGGGUUACGUACUAUGUGAUUGA